AUGUUUGGCCACACGGCAGCAUGCUCGGACGCGACGCAAGACCCGGAUCUGCACGCCCUGGUGGCGGACCCCAAGGCCACGGUGGCUGCCGAGUUUUUCCGCUGCCUCGCCCUCAACCAGACAGUUGUCCCGAACGCUGAGGUUGAUGCCAACGGCAAGGUGACGUACAAGUCGUCGUCGCCGGACGAAGAGGCACUUGUUCUUGCGGCGCAGGACAUGGGCGUGACCUUUACCGCCCGCGACGGCGACAUGCUCACUGUUGACUUUCUGGGCAAGGCCGAGAGCUACGAGCUGUGCAACGUGCUCGAGUUCUCGUCGGACCGCAAGCGCAUGUCGGUCAUUGUCAAGGACAACGAGACCGGCCGCUACAAGCUGUACAUGAAGGGUGCCGACGACAAGGUCAUCUCGCGCCUCGACAUGUCGCUCAAUCCGGACCUGGCCGAGCUGGACCACCAGCUGGAGACCUUUGCCCAGCUCGGCCUCCGCACUCUGGUCAUCGGCUACCGCUACCUGGAGGAGGAUUCGUACCUGGCUUGGAUGGAGCGCUGGACCGAGGCGAACACCUCGAUUGAGAACCGUGACGAGCGGUUGGCGGCGGUGUACGAGGAGAUGGAGCAGGACCUGGAGCUUCUGGGCGUGACUGCCAUCGAGGACAAGCUGCAGGAAGAGGUGCCGGAGACGAUCGCGCUGCUGAGGCGUGCGGGGCUCAAGUUCUGGAUGCUGACGGGCGACAAGUACUCGACGGCGCUGCAGAUUGCGACGGCGUGCAACCUGAUGUCGCCCGAGUCUGAGGGCGGAGUGCUGCUCCGUGUGGAGGGUGAGACUGCGGACCAGGUUGGGCUCUGCCUCAACACGCUGGAGAAGCAGAGCAAGCAGGCCGAGGCGCGCGGGUGCGACAUCACGGUGAUUAUCGAGGGCGGGCAGCUCGGCAUCUGCCUGGAGCACCACAAGGAGCAGUUCCGCGACAUUGGGAUGCGGUCGCACGCGGUGGUGUGCUGCCGUGUGACGCCGCAGCAGAAGGCGCUGGUGGUCGCGUCUGUCAAGGAGCUGGACAAGGUUUGCCUCUCGAUCGGCGAUGGAGGCAACGACGUGACGAUGAUCCAGGAGGCGCACAUUGGCGUGGGCAUCUCUGGGCGCGAAGGCCUGCAGGCGGCGCGGGCGGCUGAUUACUCGUUUGCCAAGUUCAAGUUUCUGCGGCGGCUCAUUCUUGUGCACGGGCGGUGGUCGUACAACCGGACCGCAGUCAUUGCGCAGUAUGCGUUCUUCAAGUCGAUCUACAUCUGUCUCAUCCAGGUUCUGUACAACUUCUACGCCGGUUUCUCGGGCACGUCGCUGAUGAACACGUUCUCGCUCACGACGUACAACGUGGUCUUCACCGGGCUCCCGGUCUUUGGCUUUGCGCUCGACCAGGACGUGACGGAGGAGAAGGUCUUUGAGUUCCCAGCCAUCUACAAGGGCGGGCAGCGGUCAAACAAGAUGAACGCGGUGACGAUGGCAACGUGGUUCUUCCACGCCGUCUAUCAGGCCGCAGUCACGCUUCUCAUCACUCUCGCGGUCUUCAACGUCGACCACUUGCACUGGGGCGACGGCUACCCCGUCGACUAUGCGUCGCUCUCGAUGGUGGCGUACUCGGCGGUGGUCAUUGUCAACCAAAUCGUGGUCUUCCUCUACUCACACUACCUCACCGCUGUCAACGGCAUCCUCCUCAUCGGUUCGGUCGUCACCUACUUUGGCACAACCAUGGUAUACUCGGCUGUCCCCUUCCUUGACUUUUACCAAGUCAUGGACCGCCUUGUCUCGGACGGCAACUUUUGGGCGACCGUGCUGCUCAUUGUCGUCGUCGCCUGCAUCCCAGGCUUCUUUGCCAACGCGCUCCAGAUCUCGUACUUUCCCACCUUUGUGGACCAGGUCCGCUUUGUCACCCGCCAGCGCGAUGAGCAGCUGCGCAAGGGCGCUGAUCCUGCGGCCGCCAACCCCAUGCUGGGCAACCAGCUGUAG